AUGGCAACUUUGCUGCGACGACUGAGCUGUGCCAGGCAGGUACGACCAAGCGCCACCUCUCGAGGCAGGUAUAAUGGCGGCCGACUAUACUCCACAGCGGAUAGCGAGCGACUAUUCAGAUGCGCCGUGAUAGGAUCAGGCCCGGCAGGCUUCUACGCUGCCUAUCGCAUGCUGCAGAAGAUGCCAAAUGCGCGCGUCGACAUGUAUGAGGCCCUGCCCUCUCCCUACGGUCUGGUCCGCUUUGGUGUUGCUCCAGACCAUCCAGAAGUAAAGAAUUGCAUAGAUAAGUUUGUCGAAGUCGCCUCCCAUCCCUCCUUUACCUUCGUUGGUAACACCACCAUUGGCUCCGCUCCCUCCUCUCUGCCUCUCUCGUCCAUCGCUCCUCACUACAACGCCCUUCUCUUCUCGUAUGGUGCCUCGCAAGAUCGCAAGCUGGGAAUUGCUGGAGAAGAUCUGAGUGGUGUCGUGUCUGCUCGUGCCUUUGUUGGAUGGUACAAUGGCCUACCGGAAUAUGCAGAUCUAAAUCCUGCCCUCGAUAGCAGCGACGAAGCUGUUGUCAUUGGUCAGGGAAAUGUCGCCUUGGACGUAGCCAGAGUCCUUCUUUCCCCACUAGACAGGCUCAGACACACAGACAUGACCGAAAACGCCUUGGAAACCCUCUCCAAGAGCAGAGUACGCAGAGUCAGAGUCGUCGGUAGAAGAGGGCCUCUGCAAGCCCCAUAUACCAUCAAGGAAGUUCGCGAAUUGAUGCAACUCCCCGGUGUUGCCUUCAACACUCCUGAUCGUUCUCUCUUCCCCGCAGAGACUAAGAAGUUGCCUCGUCCCCUUAUGCGCAUUGCUCAAGUCAUCGAGAAAGGCUCUUCCACUGCUGUAGCCGAAGCCGCGCGGCAGUGGGAACUGCUCUACAUGCGCAGUCCAGUCGCUUUCGAGGAGUGUUCUUCCAAUGCCGGCACUCUAGGUGGUGUCCGCGUCGACGAGAUGGAAUUCACUCAAGACCCAGCUUCCGUUCCAUUGAGCGAUCUAGAUGCUCUACGGAGCAUGCGUGUCAAAAAGAAAGAAAACGGCAAACAGGAAGUGCUUAGUACAAAUCUUGCCUUUCGGUCUGUCGGCUACCAGUCAGAACCUCUAGAAGGAUUUGAAGAGCUAGGCAUACCCUUCGAUCGCAAACUAGGCAUCAUUCCCAAUGAUCUGCACGGCAGAGUGUUAAGUCCCGACAGUGGGCCAGGCGCGCUUGGUGCAGGACAUGUGCCUGGUAUGUACGCAGCAGGCUGGGUCAAGAGGGGUCCCACCGGCGUGAUCGCAAGUACCAUGCAAGAUGCAUUCACUAGCGCCGACAUUGUCGCAAAAGACUGGGCGGACGGCGUGAAGUUCAUCGGCUCUAGCGAUGAGCCAAAAGCAGGCUGGAAUGAAGUAAAGAAAGAAGCAGAGAAGCGCGGCAUAAGAAGCAUCACUUGGGACGACUGGCUAAAGAUAGACAAAGAAGAAAAGAGAAGAGGACAAGCCAAGGGUAAGGAACGAGAAAAGUGCCAUUCGGUGCAGGAGAUGCUCAAGAUUCUUGAUGGUUAG